AUGUCGGACCAUAUCCUGAUUCCAGUCCCCCCAUUCCAUGUCGAACUGGCUGCCCUCGAUGCUCUCCAUCCUGUUCACUACAGCCGUCGCCUUCUUAUAUUUCCCCGUGCCUCCCUUGUCCAGCGGGAUGCACAACUGGCCGCGUUAAAGGUUGGCUUAAAGGCUCUAGGCUCGCAGUGUGCCAUCUUGGGCGGCAUCGUCACUCCCCUGCAACCUGAAGAGGUCAAUACCACCAACUCCAGUCCAGGCUGGCGCACGAUCCGCCCCGACCGUGGCAUCGAACUGGUCGUAAGAGACCUGAGCAACGCACUGCCUUCUUUUGAAGAGCUCAAAGCCUCAGAGUUUGCGGUGGACCGACUCCCCUAUGACUUGCUUGUGCCUGUGCCUCAGGACAUCGGUAAUGACCAGCCGUUCGCGGCUUGCAAGAUCCAGUUCAGCACAAUCGAGGGUGGUUCCAUCCUCACGUGGGCCAUGUCACAUUGUGUGGCCGACGGCAGCGGGAACAACGAGCUGAUGCGCGUGCUGAGUGAGGCUACGAAGCUCGCACAAGAACAGCGUGCUAGGGACGUCGUCCUCGCACAGGCGGCCACCUCGACACAGCUGGGGUUGGAGCGAAGCCUCCUGCGUGGCAUAACGAGUGAGAUCCCGUUCAGGUUAGAAGAUCAUCCAGGAUAUAUGGCCGACGCGCCCAAGCAACCACCAAGCCAUCCUUUCGAGGCCACGUCGCCGGAGGUGCAUGUACUGUUCUACAUCCCCGCAACUCGUGUCGCGCAGCUCAAAGCAGACGCAACACAGCCGGGUGCACCGCCGAUUUCGACACACGAUGCAAUAUGCGCCUUGAUAUGGCGUAGUCUCAUCCUGAUCCGCAGCCAACGCUCAACCGAAGCACGGAACCUCCCCGCCUCCACGAAGACCAACCUCUUCAUGCCCUCUGACGCGCGCCGCCACCUGAAUCUCCCACCGUCGUACAUCGGCAACGCCGUCUACCAACUUUCCGUCUCCCUCGACCUCGGCACUCUCGUCGCCCCACACACAGGGCUGCAGGAAGCCGCCAGCGCCGUCCGCCGCGCCAUCACGGCCGUCACCCCGGCUCUCGUGCGCAGCGUCAUGGCCGAGACGAACAAGAAGUGGAUCGACUGGGCGUUCAUGGGCAGUUACUCGUCGACCGGGGUUGCCAUGGGCACGGACUGGACGAGCUCGGCGCUCUAUCAACAGGAUUGGGGCGCCGCGUUCGCUGGAACCCCGGCCCGGUACAGGUAUCCCAGUGAGCCGGGGCUGAAUGCCAUCAUGCCCAAGUUGCCAGACGGGGCUGCCGAGGUGAUAGUCAGUGUCAUGGAGGGAGAAAUGGAGAAUUUGAGCAGCGGCGAGUGUUUUGGCAAGUAUAUCGAGCGGCAGCCCUUUCAGGGUUCAACACAGAGAACUGGGGAGUAA